CCGGCCCACUUGAGGCUCCCCCGCGUCUUGUCCCGCGUCUUGUCUUCAUCACCUGUCGUCGUCUUGUUGGCAUACCUUUUCACUAGACACUUCUAGACCUUAGCAACACACAAUGGCCCCCUUUCGCGCGGAACACGUCGGCUCUCUCCUCCGCCCCCAGAACCUCCUCGAGGUUCGGGCGUCGGUGGCGGCCGGCGGCGACCCCUCGCAGCUGGUGGGCGUCGAAAAGGCGGCCGUGGCCGAGGUUGUGGCGCUGCAGCGGUCCCUCGGCUUCAAGCCCGUGACGGACGGCGAGUACGUGCGCACGCGCUUCUGGGGCCGCAUGUGGGACGAGUUUGAGGGCAUCGAGCGGCUGCAGGAGGCCGACGCGGCCAUGUUCCGGCUCUACCACCCUGACGUGGUGUCGCUGAUCGAGAAGGACCGCAAGGUCAUGCCGGGCGACUCGGUCAUCGCCGGCGCCAAGCUGCGCCACAGCCGCGACAAGUGCGUCAGCAACCUGCACGAGCUGCGCCUGGUGCAGGCCGCGCUGCCCGAGGCGGAGUGGCCGAACAUCAAGCUCACCAUGAUCACGCCGGCGUGGUUCCACAUGCGGUACAAGCAGGGGCGCGCCUAUACCCCAGAGGCGUACUCCAGCGAUGCCGAAUACUUCAAGGACGUCGCCAAGGUUUACCAGGCCGAGCUGGCGCACCUGUACGAGGCGGGCCUGAGGAACGUGCAGUUUGACGACCCGGGGCUGGCUUACUUUUGCUCGCAAAAAUUCCGCAACGGCUGGGCUGAGGACAAGGACAACAUCGGCACCGUGGACGACCUUCUCGACGCCUACAUCGGCCUGUACAACGACUGCAUCUCGCAGCUGCCGGCCGACAUGCACACGGGCGUGCACCUGUGCCGCGGCAACUUUAUCGGCGGGCGCCACUUUGCUGAGGGCGCCUACGACGUCAUCGCCAAGAAGCUGUUCCAGGACCUCAAGGUGAACACCUUUUACCUCGAAUACGACACGGAGCGUGCCGGCGGCUUCGAGCCGCUCAAGUACCUACCCAGGAACCGCUUUGUCAUUGUCGGCUGCAUCAGCACAAAGGUCAAGCAGCUCGAGGACCGCGAAGAGAUCAAGCGCCGCAUCUUCCAGGCGGCCGACUUCAUCGCCGAGGGCAACAGCUGCAGCCGCGAGGAGGCGCUGAAGCAGGUCGGCCUGAGCCCGCAGUGCGGCUUUAGCACCCACGAGAGCGGCUACCCGCUGACACUGGACGAGGAAAAGGCCAAGCUCAAGCUGGUGCGGGACAUUGCGGACGAGAUUUGGGGAGAGGCUUAGUUUGGUUUCAUUGGGUUCAUUAGUUUCAUUGGUUUCAUUGUUCAACAAGCAGAUGUAUGGAAUCAACUUCCUGUAAAAUCGUCGCGGAAUGUAGUAUAAAAUAACUCAGUAAGCAGCCGCUCGCUCGCUGUCUGGCUGGUCUUGCCACACGCCGCCGCUCUUGACCCGAACAUUUUGCCACGGCAAAAGUCCCCAGACGGCAAUGACAAAGGCCUCGCGCCG